AUGUCGGAACUCUCCACGGCAGAGAGCAUUGUGCAAGAGGUGCAUGCAGGGAUGGCAAAAGCGAAUAACCAUGCUGCAGGCGUGACCGAUGUGUCGUGCUCCCGCGACGGUGACUCUUCGCCGUGGACCCUCUCGCUGGUGUUGGUUCCGGACUCGGACGCGACGGUUCUGGCAUCGAUCAGUGUGGAUGUCUUGAUUCCUGCUGCGUACCCGCAUGCGGACGAUGAGUAUCUGUUUGUCUCGCUCAAGGCUGAGGCUCCUUCGCCGGCAGCCGCCUGGGCGUCGGAUAUCAACUCGUCGACCAUGGCCCAGCCGCCGGCCUCCCUCUCGGUGGCCGGGCUUGUUGAGCGCAUGGUCGCCUCGUACGCGCUCCGGUCGAAGCGUGCGCACUCCCCAGCCGCCGGCAAGAGCGAGGUCUUCAGCGACGACAGCGACGAUUACGAGUUUGACGACGACGGUUACGGUUCGUCAUCAGUCAUCGAGAUGUCCGGCUACUCGUCCGACGGCGAGCUCGGGCUCGGCGGCGAUCUUGACGUUACGUCCGAGGCGUAUCUCGAGCAAGAGCUGCGGGUGCUCAAGCUGAAGAAGCGGUGGCGUGUCAAGGAGGACGAGCUCCGCGCCGCCAAGGAGCGCGAGGAGGAGGCCGAGCGCCGCCGCUUCCGCGCUCGGCGCACCUCGCGCGAGAAGAUGCAAGAGGAGGCCAAGCAGGUCUUUACGUCGUCGGCGGCCUCGGGCAUUCUCACCAACGACCUGCUUGAGCUGAUGAAGGAAGAGGCUGCGUCAGGCAUUGUUGUCACCCCCAUCGACGACAACAUUUACGAGUGGUCGGUCAAAGUCUCCCAGUUUGAUGAGUCGUCGGACAUGGCGGCCGGCCUCCGCGCUAUCUCGGCUGCCCACGACUACGACUAUGCCGAGCUGAGGGUCUCGUUUGUCAUGGACCUCCAUCCGUUCUACCCGCCGACCGUCUCGCUUGUCCGCCCGCGCUUCCAGGCCUUUAUGAUGUCCAAGGUCACGUGCAUGGACGCGCUCAAGUUCUCCAACUGGAACCCGGUGGUCUCGAUGAAGGCCGUCCUCACCCAGAUCAAGAACUUGCUCGCGUCGCUCGGUCGCCUCGAAGUUGAUGACCCGCGCAACGACCCCAUCGGCUACCCCGAGGGCGCCUACUCGGAACUCGAGCGCAAUUUGCUCAAGCUCGAGACCACCUCGGAAGUCGAGGCCCGCGCAAACAUCAUCUACGCCGACCAGCUCGCCGAAUUUGGUGCCGCUGCGCUUGCGCCGCAAGUCGCCCCGCCCGACAUCGCCGGCCCGCCGUCGGUCACUAUCACCUCGCGCGACGAUGGCACGCCUGUCAAAAAGCGCGAAACCAUGCCGGUCGGCGAGUCGCCUCUUGCUGCCGAACCGCCUCUUGCUUCGCCAGGCGAAAGCGAGAUGCAGCCUGAAGCCACCAAACAGCAGUACUGGGCCAAAGGUACCGGCUAUGGCCACGGCUCGGGCCUGAGCGCGUCGUGGGAUGUCAACGCGUAUCUUGCUGCUCAACAGGAGAAAGACAUCCGCAUGGUCCGCAUUCUCGACGCCGUUCGCGACGCCAUCGCCGUCCCUGACCUUCCGGCCGAGCACGUCCGCGCUGUCACUGAGUCUGCGCUCGUCCCGUUCAUUGUGCUGCAGCUCCGCAACGAUGCUCUCCUCGACAUUGCACGCCACGACAAGCUCUACACCGUGGUCUUCGACAUUGUGGCGGCCAUCGCGUCCUCGCCCGACCUCGCCCCUCUCCUCGAUCUUGCUGACAAUCAGACAAGCUCCAUCUUUAGCCAGCUCACCAAGCUCGCAACCAUGGCCAAGGCCUUUCUCCGCAUCGUGGGUAGCGUAGCGUCACCGACGCAAACUGCGGCUUCGUACGCCUUCGCCGUCCGCGCCUACAACACCGCGUCCGCAGCCGGGCACACUGCGCCGUCGUCCGACGAGCCGUCGUCUGACAAGCAGGCCGGCCUUGCGCGCGCCAUCCUUGCCGUGUACGAGGCGGCAGUGGAGGCAACCAAGGCUGUACGCGCCGCGACCCGCGUUGCUAUGGACAUUGAGGGUGGCGCAGGCUCGAGCGCCAAGGGAAAGACCGACGACGAGUCGUCCGCCGCGCUUCCGUCGUCCGCGAGCGAGUUCCGCCCGCUAGCCGCCGACGCGCAGGACGCUGAAGCAGAGUCACUCUACGCCCACGCACUCGGCGAACUCCAGUUCCGCGAGGGCGAGAUGGACAUGACCAAGCACCACUACCAGAAGAUGGUCCUUUCGAUGCCGCCGCCGUCGGCGCCCAAGAUCCUGCGGCUGGCGCAGGAGCAGUCGUCGCUCGCCACCUCGCUCCCGCUCACCCUCUCGUCGUCGGUCUUUGUCCUCGUCUCGGAGGACCGGACCGACUGCAUGCAGGCGCUUAUUAUGGGACCUGAGGACACGCCGUACGCCUCGGGAGCGUUCCUCUUCGACAUCGCCUUCCCGGCCUCGUAUCCUUCAAGCAAUCCGCUCGUCAACCUGCAGACGACUGGCGCGGGCUCGGUGAGGUUCAACCCCAACCUGUACAACUGCGGCAAGGUUUGCCUCUCGCUGCUAGGCACAUGGUCGGGCGCUGAAGGCGAGAACUGGAACGCUGAGACGUCAACCUUUCUCCAGGUCCUCAUCUCCAUCCAGUCGCUCAUUCUUGUCCCGCACCCGUACUUCAACGAGCCCGGCUACGAGCGGUCGAUGGGCACGCCGGAAGGCGAUCGCGCGUCGGCUUCCUACUCGCGGCUCCGCCAGGUCGCCACCAUCCGCUACGCUAUGCGCGAACAGAUCGAGUCGCCGCCUCGCGGUUUUGAGACUAUCAUCCGUGCCCACUUUUCCUCAAGCAGCACAUCAUCCUCGCCACCCAGCGAGGCUGCCGAGCUCCGUCGCGAGACCAAUGCCCUCCGCACCGUCCUCGCAUCCCUCACCAUGCCCGACAUCGAGGCUGAUUCCGACGACUCGGACUCGGACGAGUAA